CAUACUGGUGUAGCUAUAAUACCAAUAGGAUUAGCCUCCUUUUAAUUCUCAGCCAUUGAUACUAUUACUAUCCAUAUUUGAAACUACAGAGCUCUAUUAACAUUCAAAAACCGCUUAAUGAUUGUAAAUUUGGAUCGAAUCUAAAUUCAAUGAAUAAUCUACUUGCUGCUCUUCUCAUCACCUCCAUCUUCUUCACCGUUUUCGUGCAUUCAGCAACAGAUGCCUCAAACCGCGAUGCUGCAAUUUUGCUCCGACCCACAGAGAAUCAACAUCUGCAAGACCCGCUCGGAUCGCUCCACGACUGGCUCCAGACCUCUCCCAACGCACCAUGCAAUUGGACCGGGGUUUCUUGCAGCGGCGGCGCCGUGGUUGCCUUGAACCUCCGCAGCCUCGGCAUUGCUGGGGACUUUCCGGCGGAUUUUUGCCUGAUUUCUACGCUCCGGAGUCUCGACCUCUCUGAUAACAGCCUCGGCGGGAAUAUUAGUUCCAAUUCGAUUGCUCUGUGCUCGCAUCUUUCCUCUCUCAACCUCUCUUCCAAUUACUUUGUCGGUGACCUGCCUGGUUUCCCUGUGGAAUUUCUCAAUCUGACGGUGUUGGAUUUUUCAAUCAACAACUUCUCCAGUGAAAUUCCGGCGAAUUUUGUUAACUUGCGAAGGCUCCAGUUUCUCUCACUUGGUUCGAAUCUACUCAACGAGUCAGUACCCGAGUUCCUGUCCGAGUUAACUGAGUUAACUCAGUUGGUCUUGGCGGUAAAUCCUUUUCGGCCGAGUCCUCUGCCGAGAAACAUUGGACGCCUGGCGAAGCUCGAGUUCCUGAUAGCUCCAAUGGCGAAUCUCGAAGGUCAGAUUCCUGAAUCCAUCGGAAAUCUAAGUUCUAUGAAAAUCUUCGACGUUUCGCAGAACAAUUUGGUCGGAGAAAUUCCGAAGAGCAUCGGCGGAAUGAGAAAUGCCGAACAGAUCGAGCUGUAUCACAAUCAUCUCUCCGGCGAAAUUCCGGAUGCAUUUUCCGGUCUCACUUCGUUGCUGCGUUUCGACGCGUCGGAGAACAAUCUGACUGGGAAAAUCCCCAAAGUCUGGCGGCGCUGCCGCUGGAGUCGUUCAAUCUGA